AUGUUUAUGUAUUCGGAAGUGUUUGUUUAUAAAAGUUAGUCGGAAAAAAUGGAAUCGCAGUGUGAGCUCUUCUGCUCUUCCUACUUAAAUUUGCGUAAAAUGCAUUCCACGGAACGGUAUUAAACCCUCACCUUUUGUUCGACAUUUCGCCAGCGACAAAGAGAAGUGAGCGCUAAUCGAAAGACAAUAGCGAGUGAAAGUUCUUAUCUGGGUGAUUAAUUGGUGUCACGUACCAGGGUGUCACCAGCAAAAAAAAAGCUUAAGCAAACCAAACAAAUGCCAGAAAGUGCUAGCCUAAUCGAAAUUUUCCUGUUCAAAGCUUGGAAAGAGAAGCGGAGACAUCCGGUACGGAAUGUCCUGAAUACGCUGUUUCCGAUUGUUGUGGUGACGCUGUACGUGUUUAGCCGUUCUGGAUAUCAGCGCGGAGGAGCCAGCAAGGGUGCUGCGGAAACUCCUGCCCUGUUGGCGGAACCCAUCUCUCAGGAUGAACUGGUAGGAUUUUACCCGACCGGCUUUUACAACAAGCUUUUCUACUCACCAAACAACGAGUUUACCAGUGAGCUAAUCGAGCAUGUUCGGCAGAAGCUUUUUAUUACCAUCGACCGCGUGGAAGGUUUCGCAACAACUGGCGAAAUGGAACACACUCUGCUUGUUAGCCAAGAUUUCUACGCGAUCGCUUUCGGGUAUAAUUCAUCCGAAGCACGACUCUCGUACACGAUCCGCAGCAAGAAUAAUAAUUUUCGCACCAAGGAAGUCUAUUCGCGAGAUUUGUAUGCUAGUUAUCUAAAGGAUCGGAAUGAGUACUUCGAGAGUGGCUUCCUUGCGCUGCAGUAUGCAAUCGAGAAGUCAUUUGUGGAGCUACGAACCGGGUUGGCGGAAGAAUCUUUACCAGAGUACAAAUACGAACAUGUACCGUUGGGCGGUGAACGACUGCAGGAAUCGUCGGAAAUUUUUGUAGUCAACGUGAUGUUGGCAGUGUUCAUUUCUGUGGCUUGUACUUAUCUUUUGCUAGUUCCUCUGGUAGAGGAAAAGGAUUCCGGUAUGAAGGAGUACCUGAAGAUUGCAACACCUAGAAGCUACUGGAAUGAGAUGGCAAUUUUUACGGUGAAUUUCCUCCAUCUGGGUUUAAUCUCGGUGGUAUGCAUGAUCAUCACCAACGCUGCAUUGGUUUGGGAAUUGACCGCCGCUCAGAUCGUAUUUGCCUAUCUACUGUUGUUUUUGUUUGUCAUUUGUACCAUCAUGUACACAUUCUUCGUCAGUACCCUGCUGGAAUCGGUUACUAUAUCGACUAUUGUGGCUCCAAUCUGCUACUUUGCUCCAGUCAUUUUCAUUUCCGUGCAAAAACGAUUCGAAUUUCCACUAAUGAUUUUUCCAAUGGCUGGCUUCAAAGUAGGCGUUUCGAUUUUGCACGACUAUCAAAACUCGUGGCACAGCUUUACAGUAGGCGAUGCAUUCGUCAGUGGAUAUCCGGGAAAUGGAGGAACAAGCCUGUUUGUGGUAAUGUUAAUGCUGAUUUUAGGCUCCAUGAUCUGGGCUUUCCUGUCGUACUAUAUUUCGAAUGUCCAUCCCGGGCAGUACGGUACGCCCAAACAUUGGACGUUCCUAUUUAGUAUAAGUUGCAACAAAAAAGCAUCCAACAAAAUCAACAACAGUCGCGAUCAUUCUAGUUUAACCUCCGAGGAAAACAACGACGACGAAAAAGUGAUGGAAAAUGGUGAUCAUUUGGAGAAGGUUGUGAAGAUCGCCAAUUUGAACAAGACGUUUAAGACUUCGUUUGGAACGCGGACAGCAGUAAAGAAUCUGUCGUUGAAGAUAUACAAAAAUAGGAUAACAGCCUUACUGGGCCACAACGGGGCUGGAAAGACCACCACUAUGAACAUCAUUACCGGAAUGACUCCUCGCACGUCAGGAAAUAUUGAGAUCGACGGGGAAGAUAACUCAAACAACUACCGGCAGCGGAUCGGCUUUUGCCCACAGCACAACGUAGCGUUGAGUUACAUGAGCUGUCGCGAACAUCUAAUUUUCUUCGGAGCUCUCCGGGGAAUAGGCAUGCAGGAAGCUAGACAGCAGGCGGAUGAGAUUCUAGAGAAAGUUAACCUUCAGGAAAAAAGCGAUGAAGUCGUGUCCAAACUGUCGGGUGGAAUGAAAAGAAGACUUUGUCUAGCGAACGCCAUUAUCGGAAGAACAAAAUUGCUCAUCCUUGAUGAACCGACGUCGGGAUUGGAUCCUGAAUCAAGACGAGAUAUUUGGGACAUUCUACUGAAGCUGAAGAAAGAUCAUACGAUUCUUAUCACAACCCAUUUUAUGGAGGAAGCCGAUAUUCUCGGGGACUGGAUUGCGAUCAUGGAGAACGGAGAAUUGAUUGCGUUCGGUACGUCCAUCUUUUUGAAGCAUCACUACGGAAAGGGCUACACCCUGAAGCUGCUGAAGAAGGACAUCUUCAAGCGAGAUGAAGUGUUGGCCAAGAUCAAAGAACACAUCAGCGGGGCGGAAGAGAAACCGACGGUGGAACCGGUGUUUGCCGUCAUGCUUCCCUACAUCUGUAUUGAGCAGUAUGCGUCACUUUUAAAGGAUUUGGAAGAUAGUAAGGUUGCUUACGGAAUUGAUUCAAUUAGUGUUACGAACGCAACACUGGAAGAGGUAUUUCUAAAUUCAUCCUCGAAGAAUAAAGCACUUGAACUGGAUGAAAGCUUCGACGUUCCAGACGCCCCCAUCAGACAGCGUUCAUCACAAAGUACCCAAGCAAAACAGCCCGUUAAACUUCACGAAAAGCUUUUGCUGCCUUUGGUUCAACAAUUCGCAGCAAUCGCCUACAAGAAAUCUAUACACAUCAGACGAAAUGCUCACAUUUACGGUUCGAUGUCGAUUCUACCAAUCCUCACAGUAUUAUUCUGCUUCCUGCUAAGCAACGGCUGGACACAGAUCGAUUACGACUCCAUAGCGCUGCAUCAUUCGUCGGUAAAUCGUGCAUUUGUAGUGAUCGUGCUGAACGAUAACGAUCGUCCGCUCGACGUUGAAAUGCUUCGAAAUAGUUCUUACUUCAAAAACGUGGAUCUAAUCGUAACGGAGGAUACCCGCAUAGAAGACUACCUGCUACAGGAAGCGGGAAAGGACUGGAGUCGGUACCUGGACCGGCUGGUGGCAGCUAUCGAAUUUAACGUUAGCGACCGUAGCCUGACCAUCUUGCAUAACAAUAAUUUACUGCACAGUGCCCCCAUCGCUGCUAACAUUGGAAGUAAUCUGCUGCUGAACUAUUACGGUUAUCCGAGAGCGGAGGUUACCGUGCACAACAGUCCGUCCAACCGGAGGUUGCAGGUGGAUUCGAUGACGCCGUAUCUGUUCACGGAGGCAAUUGCUUUAGUGUUCAUGCUAUACAUUCUACAGUACCUGCAGCUGCCCUUCCUGGAGGUAUCCACCGGUUUCAAACAACUCCAGAACGUCAAUCGCUACAUGUACUGGGGCAGUGCAUUUCUGCUGGAUUUCCUGCUUCAUCUCGUCAUCUGUCUGCUGGUGUACUUCUUAGCCCUGAACAUGGACCGGGAAGCAGUUUUCAGCAAAGCCGAACAUCUGCAGAUCUUGAGCGUUCUGAUCUUGUACGGACUAGUCGCCCUGUUGGUGAUCUACAUAAUUAGCCAGUGCGUGGAUAGCAUGGAUACGGCCGUGACCUUUAUGAGCUACCUGAUGAUAAUUGGUGUAUGCGGGGUGUUUCUGCUGUCGGAUGGUUACGAUCGGAUACGGGAGAACAGCGGCAUAAUUCUGUUGCUACAUCUGAUUCCGGAAUUUGCUCUAAAGCACUCGCUGCGAGUGGUUUACGAGAAUCAAAAGCUUAAUAAAAUCGAGGCGUUGAUUAGAGCGAGCUCUAUCGAUCGCCCAGGAAAUGCUACCCGACAACUUAAUUUGAGCUACAUAUUUGUGUUGGUGCCGAUAAUGGUGGUGCUUUUAACGCUACUGCUUACCGAAGUGGUGGAAAAUAUGUACUGGAGGACAAUGAUAGUGGAUAGAAAAAUCAGGAUUGUCUCGAUUUUGAAGUAUUAUCUCAGUUGUGGCAAAAAAGCGAACAAAGCAUUCGAUCAAACCGAUUCAAACUAUGAGAUGUCCGAUUCCGUAGAUGACGAUGUGGAUGCGGAAUCAAUUAGGGUGAACGAAAUGGUUGGUAGGGAACCACAACAGUUCGCCCCGUACACGAUCGCAGUUCACAACUUGAAGAAGCGAUACCUUAAUCUGGUUGCAGUAAAGGGAAUCAGUUUUGCCGUCAAACGAGGGGAAUGCUUCGGACUACUUGGAAUGAAUGGAGCUGGCAAGACCAGCACUUUUCAGAUGAUCACCAGAAAUCUGCCGAUCACGGACGGAACAAUCUAUCUGAACGAACGAGAUGUUAGGAAAUCCGACGCAAGCGAUUACCGUUCGCAAUUCGGAUACUGUCCCCAAGGUGAUGCAUUGCUUGACUUCAUGACUCCCUAUCAGCUAAUCAACUACAGUGCAAUGAUCAUGAACAUGACGGAUCGCGAGAACCUUAUCAACAGAUGGCUAACCGAUCUGGACAUUCUUUCGUUCGCUCACAAUCGUAUCAACGAGUGUUCGGGUGGCACAAAACGCAAAGUGAACACGGCCCUAGCAAUGCUGGGCAAUCCUUCGAUAGUGUUUCUCGAUGAACCAACGACGGGUGUUGAUCCCAAGUCUCGACAUUUUGUGUGGAGUCGAAUAAAGUCACUUCAGCAACAUGAUCAAACAAUCAUUCUUACCUCACACAGUAUGGACGAGUGUGAGGAACUGUGUAAUCGACUAUCAAUAAUGGUCGGUGGCCGGCUGCGAUGCAUAGGCUUCAUCCAACGGCUAAAGGAGAAGUACGGAAAAGGUUUCAAUUUGUUCCUCAAGCUGAACAAUGGUAGCUUGCAGAAGAGCUGCAUGUUGAUCGCGGAUAUACAGCAACGAUUUAGAUGGGAACUGAAAGAAGAACAUGAUGGUAUGUUGAAAUUCCUUGUUCGCGAACCGUUACGUUUGUCGGAGUUGUUUGCGCAAACGACCUCCCUCAAGACGCAGUACGAUCCACUGAUCAGUAGCUUUUCGAUCAACGAAACUUCGCUGGAAGAUAUAUUUCUGAACUUUCGGCCACCAUCACUUACAGCGCGGUGUGGACAGCUGAUCGAGGAUGUUGUGUAAAUGUUGGGUGUGCUUUUGUCUUUUUUUGUUCGAAGUUGAUAAUGUAUUUCAAUUUUCUAUAUUGCAACUUAGCCUUGUUUGCCAAGGAGACGGUGUGAUAGAGUUCAAGUGUCGUACCGGAAAUAUGUCAUUAAUUUCGAAUUACCGAAGCUGUACUGUUAUUUGUAAGUUCGUAACAUUUCCAAAGUACUAGGGAAUAUUUUUUUGUUCACACUGUUCACCCUAGUGAUUUUAUCCUAUAAAUUAGAUCAUCUAUUUCUGUUUAUGGUCAAAUAAAACACAGACCAUACAAAAUCAUUCACCAAAAAUUCAUGCCGGGAAAAAUCAUAAUCAAAUAAAACGUACUAGUAAAGUGUAA